UAGGUAUGAUCAAUCAUGUUGGGUUCUCAAAAGCAAAGGUUACAUGCGUAAACUUAGGUAAGUUAUGUCGGUGUCAUUUGUCUUUGGACAAAACAGAUCRAAUAAGAAAAAACACACAGCAAACAUCACGACAAUUAAGAAACGAGAAUGGUGAAUCCUGGUGAGGCGGGGUUUAGUGUGAAGAUUAUGUGAAUUGGCAUCUCAUUUUCAGCUUGAACACGAAUAAAACCACAAACUUGGCCGAGUUCAAUAUAUUUUUGAGUAGACGAUGAUUUUCGAAGAGGCUCAACAAAGAUCAUAGAGUAAAAUAAAAGUAGACUUUGCGAGAAAGGGGYUGAGAAAGAUAUACUGGACGGUGUAGAGCUCACUCACCUUUUUCUCUGUUUCUUUGGCUAUUCUACUGUAUGUUUUUCAAACUUCCCUGAACGGAAAUGUAUGCAAAUAAUACUGAAUGAGGAAAGCAAACAAAAAGGGAAUGAAGAGAGAAUUUUUUUAUUAAAUCUCGCACCUGAAUAAGCUUGAAAACCAGUUAUUUUGUAACUAUUUGUUCAUUCAUGCGAUGUAGUCAUGCACAGUAUUCAGUCACAAUAAGACUAAACUCCUAUACUAGGUAAAGGUCUUUCAAAAACGAAUUGACUAUUCGUAAGCAAACAAUGAAAACAUAGGCAGCUAUCUGGCUGUUAAUUUGCCGCUCGGUUCAACACUGAUCCAUGAGGGUUCAAUAGAUCUGAUCAACAUUCAGUGUCUUCAAAUAAUUAAGUCGAAGUUGUUUCUCCAAAUAUCUCAUCACUCUGUCGGAUAACUAGGGAUACUCAGAAGGCAUUCGGUUCCCAAGGUGACGUGCCAUACCUCACCCCUCCMUACAAGCAGCCACGGAUUCUUUUUUAUUCGGAAUCGUGUUAUUAUGCUGAUUAGAUCUUCAAACUCUAAUUCUACGUGUUAUCAAUAAAUAUUACCGAUCGUUCAGAAAAAAUUCAUCAAGUUUGUUCUUACCCUUUCUUCUCGAUCUGUCACUUGGUUAUUAUAUUCCUGUUUUUUUAAGAUUUCAAAAGAUGUGUAAAUUUGUCCAACGAAAGUCAAGUUUUCAUAUCCUGACAGCAAGCUUGAUCAGUUUAGAUGUUAAAAAGCGGAAAUCAGUAGUUGACGCGAGUUUAAGAGCAGACAGUAUGCUAACAAUACAACAUCUUGUCAACUUUAGUCUCCUAAUAAUCGUGAAAUCGGUUUUUAGAAUGACAGGUUUUGGUAAGAGUCCAUCCGAGCAUCUUUGCUUUCGCCUGUUUUCUCAAUGAAAAUGGUGGAAAUACGUGCUGUGUGAAAUACAAGAACAAAAAUCUUCAGACUUGUAUUUUGAAAUAAAGCUAUUCUCGGGGAGAUAAGACUWGACUGUUAAUCGAGAAUCGAUGUAUAAAAYAACGGGAUUACUUUGACCUAUAGUGCUGUCCACGAAGAAAGUCGCUGUUCUUCAGUUAUUACUAUYAAUCUCACCGGGAAACUGCACAAGUGCUGUGAGGAAUACCUGUAAAGGAUUGUGGUUAGACUAAAAGAUAACAAACGAAACCGAAAAAAGGACAAACAUUGUUUGUACAGUCUGUCGACAUCUGUUAUUAGACUACUGGUUUCGAUUAGGAUAGUCUGCUGACCUAAAAGAACCUGAGCACGAAUCGACACACUGACAUGAUCUGGAUUUAUCUCAUAUGUUUUCUUUCUUUGUAUGAUUGCUAUUGUGCUAACAAUGUUUCCACAAGUAACAAUGAUAUUAAAAUAGGAUUGUUAAUACCCUUCAAGUACGCUCGAAGUCUAGGGAAUUACUAUUUCCGUGGUCAGUACUAUGCAUCGGCCAUGAGUAUUGCUGUGGAUGAUAUCAAUAGAAGACCAGAUCUUCUGCCUGGCAGAAAUAUCUCUUUUAUAUGGAAUGAUACCGAAUGCGAUGAGCUGAAAACUCUCCGCGCACUUGCCUACCAAAUAAACCAUGGAGUCCAAGCUUUCAUUGGUCCCGGAUGUAGCUGUGCCACAGCUGCUCGAAGUGCUGCAGCUUUUAACUUAUCGAUGAUAUCGUAUAUGUGCAGUAGUCCAGAAGUAUCAGACAAAAAACUAUACCCAACCUUCGCUCGGACUUUCGCUAUCGACACUAAACUCACCCCCAGUCUUCUGUCAUUAUUGAAUUAUUUUAAGUGGAAACGAGUUGCUAUUAUCUACGAGAAUGUGACAAAAUGGAUUGAGAUGAAAGACACUAUCGUAAAACGACUCGAGGAGAAGCAAAUCACAAUCGCACUGCAGGAAAUGAUGAGUCCAUCGGCAGUCUUCAGGCCACAAAACCAUUCGACCAUGUACAGAAACAUCYUGAAGAAAAUCAAAUCUGAAGCCCGAAUUGUGAUAUUUGUAACAGAAUUCACUUUAGCUCGUGAAGGAAUGCUGUACGCGUUGGAUCAUGGGAUGAUAAAUGGAGACUAUGUAUUUAUAAUGCUGGAGUUGGAUCAGAACCAGGUUUCUUUGUACUCAAAGCAGCCAUUUAAAUGGUUAUUCAGUAGCUAUCCCAGCACUUUGAACCGUUUCCAUCACUUAAGAGACGCAUUCGCUGCAGUUUUUGUUCUUGCAGUUAAAAGUACCUCGAAAACCAGUUACAGCAAGUUUCAGGACGAAUUGAGAGAACGUGCUCCCCAAUAUCCCUUCUUCAGCAAAGUGUACGAGGGAAACUUAUUCAGAAACAACAAGAAUUUUCCCGCCAAAAAGACUACGCCCCCGAUAUACGGCGCUUACCUCUAUGAUGCUGUCUACCAGUUCGCAAUUGCACUCAAUAAAUCAUUGCAAAAGGAAAAGAAUCCUACAGGAGAGGCUAUCAACAAAAAUCUACGAGGAGUGCAUUAUGAUAGUAUCCUUGGAUACAAGAUUCACUUUGACAACAGAGGAAAUGCUGAGUUUAACCUAACGCUUUUGGAUCUUCAGGGAAAACCAAAUUCCAAGUUUCCAGAGUUUGUUCCAGUGGGUGAUUUCCAUAUCACCUAUGGCAACGAGUCCACCGCUGGCCAGCAGGUAUUUUCGCUCAGAACUGACACAAGAAUCAUAUGGCCCAAUGGCAAAGGUCCUCCCAAAGACUCGCCCGAGUGUGGAUUUCAUGGUGAAUUGUGUCCAUCUACUAAAACAGAYGAUGUCAAAAUGAAGAUAAUAGCYGGAGUGUCGGGUGCUUUGGCUUUACUGUCGCUGUUAUUACUGCUUAACAUAUACAGGCAAUAUCGCCUGGAGAGAGAGCUCAAAAGUCUGCUGUGGAAGAUCGACUUUAAUGAGCUAUGCUUUGAGAAGAAAAGCCGGAACUCUGCUUGCUCGCUGGCAAGUUGCUUUGGCUUGGGAAUGGUUAACAGCACGAGAGACAAUCACGUGCUUGAACCAUUACUGAACGAUGACGACAACGAGGAAUGCUAUAAGUACACAAGCAUCGCUGUGUAUAAGGGUAACUUAGUGGCCGUUAAGAAACUUGCCAAAAAAAGUGUCGACUUGACGAGGACCGUCCUCAUGGAACUAAAACAGAUGCGUGAUUUACGACAUGAUAAUAUUAUCCAGUUUAUUGGUGCAUGUGUAGAUGCACCUAAUAUCUGUAUUGUAACACAGUAUUGCCCCAAAGGAAGCUUGCAGGAUAUUUUAAUGAAUAAAGAUGUCAAGCUAGAUCACAUGUUUAUCGCUUCCUUAGUGUCAGACAUCGUUCGUGGAAUGGUGUUCCUACAAAGCGUCGACAUUAAGUCACACGGUAACCUCAAGUCUUCUAAUUGUUUGGUGGACAGUCGAUGGGUUCUCAAAAUCUCCGACUUUGGUUUGCCGACAUUUAGAGCCAAACAAACGAAAACCUUUCCGUCAGAGGAUCUUUACUACAAGGAUCUGCUGUGCGUUGCACCAGAAAUUCUUCGACUUCCCAACCGACCUGCCCGAGGAACACAAAAGGGUGAUGUAUACAGCUUUGCGAUAAUACUAUCAGAGUUCCACACCAGAGACGAACCGUUCAGUGCUAACUACAUGGAUACUAAAGAAAUUGUACGCCGUGUACAAAAUACAGAGUUUCCGCCAUUCCGACCAACUGUUCCUGUUCUGAUAGCCGGGGUUGAGGAAUUGCGUGAGUUGAUGAAGCAAUGUUGGCAGGAAGAACCUGACCUCCGACCAGAUUUCACCGAGAUUAGGAAAAUCAUGAACAAAAUCCUCAUUAACAAUGGAAUGAAAACAAACAUCUUUGACAACAUUUGUUACAUGAUGGAGAAAUACGCUGAUAGCCUGGAGGAACUGGUCAUGGAGAAAACAGGACAAUUGAUAGAAGAAAAGAAGAAAACUGAUGCCUUAUUAGAAAGAAUGCUUCCAAGACCAGUGACAGAGCAGCUGAAGCGAGGCAAAGCUGUAGAAGCAGAAAGUUUUCACGAGGUCACAAUCUAUUUUAGUGAUAUCGUUGGCUUUACAGAACUGUCUGCUGAGAGUUCACCCUUACAGGUUGUUAGUCUUCUCAACGAUCUCUACACACUAUUCGAUGACAUUAUCCGUGAAUAUGACGUCUACAAGUGCGCUCCUUCUGCCCGGCAGGUGGAGACGAUUGGCGAUGCAUAUAUGGUGGUCAGCGGCCUUCCAAUACGAAAUGGUUCUAGGCACGCAGGGGAGAUUGGCAAGAUGGCUCUUCAUUUGAUUGAGGCAGUCAAGACUGAGUUUAUCAUACGAUACAAGCCAAACCAUAAACUAAAACUUCGUGUUGGAAUACAUAGUGGUCCUGUUGUGGCUGGAGUUGUUGGUAACACUAUGCCUCGGUAUUGUCUAUUUGGUGAUACCGUCAACACUGCAUCGAGGAUGGAAUCACAUGGCGAGGCUCUACGAGUCCACAUUAGUGAAGACACAAAAGGAAUAUUAGACCARUUAGGUGGUUUCAUAGUAGAACCCAGGGGUGAAACGUAUAUUAAGGGUAAAGGAAAUCAGACAACGUAUUGGUUGGUUGACGUCACUGAUAAAAAACCAUUCACAAGAAAGCGUCCAAAAGCAAACAUGAAUAGCAUUGAUUCUCCAUUACUAAGUUUACCAGGAUUCGCCAAACCAUCGUUAGCUGCAAGUUCCAAUACAUCGUUGAAUAUGAAGCGUUCACCAUCAUUUCGUAAGAAUUUUAAGAAUGCCGCGGGUUCACCGAUUAUGAGAAGAUGGCAUCGAUUUGAAAACGACGAAGACAAAGAACAAGGAACUCGACUGUGGACAGAAAAAGACGAUAAUAGAUACAGCGUGGUAUGAUUUUGACCUAGAGCAUCACCUUAUUGAAUGCAUCRCAAAUAAUGCUCAUCUACAAGUCACGUGACUAUGGUGAUAUACAUUGGGGAGUAGAUGUAAUCAACGGUGCUGUGUCCGUAGACACCCAAUUCAUUACCACUAGCAAUAACAACUUAUAAAGAGCAAUGUAUACAUUAUUUUGCUUUGACGGAACCCAUGCAYAUACCAACGCAGAGCUGAUAUCAACACAUGUAAAUAAUGAAGGCCUGCAAUGGGAACUAUGUCAAGGGUCUAACUUUGUCACUUGCUUGACGUUAAACUACUACUCCAGAUCCAUCCAACAUAAAGACAACAUGUUACUUAUCAUUAAUUUAUUUGCUAAAGAGAGAUUUUUAUUGGAUAGUUUUAUUGGAUUUUUUUAUUGGAUACGACUUCUCGGCGUUCCCGAUUUUGAUUGGUUUGUUUGUCUAAUAAAUUCAUCAGAUACAAUUGGUCAGCGGUAGAUAAUCUUAUGUUUAUGAUAUACAAACAUUCAUGAAUUUAGCAAGUAUAGUAGAAAUAUUUUAGCUAUAAUUUCAUAGGUUGAUUCAAGAGAGAGAAACAAUAUUACCAUGUAAAUACGUAUAGUACUAGAAAAAAAAAACUACGAAUAAUAAAUGUUAUCCGAACAAAA